AAAUAAAUAAACUGAGAAUUUAGAAAGAAGGACUCCAAUUCCAAAUUUGCAGAAGAAAAUAAAAGUCACACGCACCGAACAUUAAUAAUUUCACAUUUUUCGGCAAGUCAAAAUGGGGGGCAUUGAAGCGGAGGGCGGCCAUCUCACCUCUGAUUCAUCCUCAUCCUCAUCGCAUCUAAACACCCUACGAUCAUGCUUGGCCACCAAAUCCUGGUUCGGCUUCGAUCUCGACGACACCCUUCACGAGUUCCGCAAGGCAUCCGGCUUUGCAUCCUCCUCAGUAUUUGAGGCAAUCUGCGCCGCAGAGCAAUCUGGCGCAGAAGAAUCUGGCGGCGUCAGCGGAGAUGCCCUCCGGGCCUCAUACAAGGACAUACUACAGUCAAAGACGGCGAAUGCGUUCGCGGACGGCCGAACAUCGAGAGACUACAGAAGAGAACGAUUUUCAUGUCUUUUGCAAUCUCACAACUUGGAAAUCUCUGACGCAAAACUAGACCGACUCCUAGACGUCUACCAAGUCAACCUACAGGCCGGCUUGGCCCUGAAGCCAGGCGCCCUGCAAUUCCUCAAGAAGCUCAAGAGUCUUGGCAAAAAGAUCAUUGUUGUCACAGAAGGUCCACGGGACGCUCAGGAAUGGACGGUCCACGAGCUGGGACUGCGGCCGUAUAUUGACGUCCUCGUCACAACGAACGAGGUAGGAAAGUCCAAGGUUGAUGGUUUGUUUUCUGUCGUUUUAAAGAAGUACCGCAUUCGGCCGGCAGAUAUGGUGUAUAUCGGCGACAAUGAAGCACGUGAUGUGCGUCCGGCGCAGGCUGAAGGUAUCACAGCUGUGCUUUAUGAUGAGAAGCGGGAUUGUCGAUUUGAUGAGAAUCUUAAUGGCUUUCGAGUAAACUCGUUUGCAAGAUUGGAGGGUUUAUUACGGAGCACCUCCAGCACAUUUUGACAAUGAAUAAAAAUUACUUGUAUGUCGGUUGAGGAGCUCAAUGAGAUGUAAUUUUUCAUAUUCUAUUUUUUAUUUACUAUAUAUACUAUAUACUAUAUAUUUAAAAGUAAAGAUGCCGA